ACGCUGAGCUACCGCCAUAUUUUUUUUGGUUAUAGCUGUUGUAACUUGUAGUUGUGGUUCUUACGAAAACAAACGCUCACUUCUCGAAAAAGUGGAUAUAUUUCCAUCUUGCGCAUUAGUGCAUUACGCUUUUGUGUUCUUACUAAUCAAUCUUUGGUUUUUCCGGUUUUGGACGUUUUGGUCAUUGUCAAGAUAAGUAAGAUAAAUAUGGCUCCCAAGAAAUCGCCUUAUUUCAUUUUCUUAACUCAUUAUAGAGAUUAUGAAAUUAGAAAAGGAAAAAAACCUUCCAGCUACAAACAAUUAAGUAUUGAAUUAUCACCCAUAUGGAAUAAAAUGACUGAUGCUGAAAAAAACAAAUACAAAGUUCUUGCUAAUAAAUGUAUUUCAAAUACAAAUCAUAGUAAAGAACAGCCGUUAAGUCAUAUUAGUAAUAGCGACGAAAUUAGACGUGCUGUUUGUAACAUGGAGAAACUUGUAGCUGAAAUGUUUGAAAACAUACCUAACGAUCAGGAAUUAUUAAAUAAAAAGUUUAUUUUAUUACAUGUAAAUUGUCAUUCUUAUGAUGAAGAACAAUAUUAUUUUCCUGCUGAAAUAUCAGCAAUAGAAUUUAAUUUAAAAAAUGGACUUUUUCGCACAUAUCAUCAAAUUAUUGGCUUUUCUAAAGAUAAGCUUAAAGCUUAUCCUCCUCCAGGUUAUCCUUCAGAAAUGAGAAUAUUUUCUAGGCAAUAUCAUCAAAUUGAUUGUUUGGAUAAACACCCGGAUGAUUAUCAAAAUAUAUUUAUUGAUUUUUUAACAUUUCUUAAGAAUGAAAUUAUCAACAAAACCGAUGUCAAAGAAGGCAAGUUGGAAUUACCAUAUUUGUUUACCGUAGAGUCCGAUGUCGACGAGAAUAAUAUAAUGAAAACUAUAAAUAGCUUGGAAAGGCUGUAUUCUUCAGCUUUUCCUGAAGUUGAUACUGAAUUGUGUAAAUCUAAAUUCAAAAUAGCAAAUGCUGAGCAAUUAUUAUUAGAAAUGAAAAAAAAAAUGAAUUUGCCUAUGGAUGAUGAUUAUUUAGAAGGCGUUUUAGAAUAUGAAUAUUAUACACAAUCAUUCUGUUGUGAGUACCAUAAAACAACAUGUACUACUAAUUUCAAAUGUUCCAAAUCCCGUAUUAUUCAAUGGAUGACAAAUAUCUGUAAUCACUUAAAUACAUAUGUUGAUUUAAACCUUGUACCUGGCAGACAUAUGGCAGCUAUAUUAAAAGAUGAUUCACUUUUGAUCAUUGAAAAUGCUCAUUUGCCUCUCACAUCAGCUGAGCUAAAGUUAAGCAAAAAUGGUUCCUAGGUGAUAUAUUUCCCAAAACAUGAUAUAAUAUCACCACAAACACAAGAUUCUUAUUCAAAUGAUCAAGUUUGAAGAAUAGUUAAUUGAAC